AUGUCCACGUCCACAAUGAGCCGUUCAUGCAGAGCUUCGUCCUCCAGCUGUUCCAUGUUCCUGACGCUCGUGCUGUUGGUGUUGGGGACUCAGUCCAGAAGCAGCGCGUGCCCCAUGCAAUGUGCCUGUCCCGUUCCCUCAGAGGUGCACUGCACAUUUAGGUACCUGAGCACCAUGCCGAGAGAACUCGAUCCUGCUGUGAAAAGAAUUAAUAUGGGCUAUAACAGUCUAACGAUGCUAAGAGAAAACGACCUGUCAGGGCUGGAGAACCUGGAACUGUUAAUGCUGCACAGUAACACCAUCCAAACUAUUGAGGACCGGUCAUUCCAUGAUAUGAAGACUUUGCAGGUGCUGAAAAUGAGCUACAACAGAGUCAAAGAGCUGCGCAAGGAGACCUUUCAAGGCCUGGACAAUAUUUUGCGUCUCUACGUGGACCACAAUCGCAUCGAGUUCAUCCAUCCGGAAGCGUUCUACGGCCUGACCUCUUUGCAGUUCGUCAAUCUCGAAGGCAACUCGCUUCAGCAGCUUCAUCCAGACACCUUUAUAACUCUGAGGCACAGCCAGAUUUUUAAAAUCUCUUCCAUCAAGACGAUUUAUUUAUCAGACAACGCGCUGACCGGCCUACCUGCUACACUGUUCACCGGCUGCUACCAGCUAGAGAACGUUUUUCUGAACGGAAACCCUUGGUCGUGUGAUUGUCGGAUGGACUGGCUGGCAGCGUGGAUCGAAAAGAAUCCAGGCAUCCUGAAAUGCAAAAGGGACAAGAAGCUUCCUGGAGAACACAUGUGCCCCAUCUGUGAAUCUCCACAUACUUCCAAAGGCAGCAGUAUGAUUCACCUGUCAAGUCACGCCUACGCAUGUUCCAAGCCCUGGAUACACCCCGAUUUAAAACAGAAGAACAUUACAAUGGACGAAAGCAGCUAUACAUCGGUGUUUCCUAAAGAUUUUAUAGCGCCGAUUGGAACGAUGGAAAUGAACAUCACAGACGAGUUCCAUAAAGACGCCAGCAUUUCCUGUGUCGUCCAGAGACCGUCCGAUUUGUCGGGCUUAAAUCUAACCUACGGAGUAAACGGCGAAGAUGUCACGACUCUCAGUGCAACCGUAGUCAUAUCGCUAAUUUGUAAUAUCGACCGCGACCAUAUCCGUCCACUUUGGAGCAUCUUGGCGUCUUACAGCGAUUCCCCGAUGAGACUCGAGCGGGGUUCGCUGCUCACAGGGCCACCAGAAAUGAUCUACAAAUAUAGUCAAGCAAUGGUAGCAGAUGAUGAAAUAUUCACAGAGAUCGAGGCAGAUAUCAAGGCAAAUCCUGCAUGGUUGAUGCAAGACGUCAUUAACUUCCAGCUGGACCGGACGACAACCACACACACGACCCUUCACAUCAAAUAUCUGUCCAAUAUCAAAAUGAACAUUGAGACCAAUAAAGUAAAACGAGGCAGAUACGGCUGGACUAUGAUCAACAGAGACAACCAGACUAAGACCGAGUUCUCUGUCCUUUCUGGUGGCUUGGUGGAACUGAACUGCCAGACCGAUGGUGAUCCCAGACCCUCCAUAGAGUGGAUAUUACCAGAUGGAAGCAAGGUACGGGCACCAUACAGCAGUGAGGACCAAAGGAUUGUCAUUUCAGAUGACGGAAAGCUGACUUUAAAAGCCGUAUACAGCUCCGAUGAUGGUGUUUACCACUGCAUUGCGACAAACUAUCUCGACGCGGACGUGCUAUCCAUCAGGGUUGCCGUGAUGCCCCCAGAUGCUGAGGAGUCAGAGGUCAACGGGGUUCAAGUCUCACGGUCGCUUGGAGGGAGCUUAUUUCUUCAUUGUGAAAGCAGCGGAAGUCCGCCAGCCUCGGUUCACUGGAUACUUCCAGACCACACAGUUUUGGAUCAGUCGUUCGGAAACAGGAAUCUUUACCCAAACGGGACUUUAAAAAUACUCCAACUGACUGACAGGGACAGGGGGAUUUACAGAUGCUUAGCUGCUAAUCAUCUCGGGGUAGAUCUCUUAGCCUCUCAAGUCAUGGUUCUAGGUAACAAGCCAAAAACUGAUGUUCAGGAGUCUGAGGGAUCUGGUGAUGAUUCACAGACAGACACGGAUGACACCCAGGUUUUCGACAGUGAAACUAUUUCUGCCAGAGUUAACCAGGAAUCAAGGACCAUUACUUCUGAUAGGCCAUACCCCAGACUCAGACCUUCACUUCCACGAGGUUCAGCAAACAGAAGAGGCGGAAGCAGACGCAUGUGGAACAGAAGGGUAUUCGAUAAAUCGUCGAGGAAAGUAGAUCCUCAGAUUUUAGCAGAUUAUAUUAAGAAAUCUCAAAAAUUUAAAUCAAAUCAAGAUGAAAAUGAAUUAAAAGCUGAUCGUGGACAUUCUGAUGGUGAGGAAGGUUCAGGGAGUGUAGUGUUUGAAGAUGAAACUUCUAUUCAAAAGCAGGUCACACCAAUAACAGAAAAUCCAGAAAAUCUGUAUAAGGGUGUCAUGAUUACAGGCCACCGACUCGAGGACAAUCAAAUCAAUGCGACUCCAAUCACGAGGGUAUCAGAUGAUAUAAUAGAUGCCACAGGAACUGAAAACAUGGUAUCAACAGCUUCCUACACCAUGCCAGAUGCCUAUCCAGUGGAGCCCAGUGUUACUGUUAGAAAUGGCGCAUUUCAAAACGACGACACGACACCUUUCAUAACCACUCAAGGGUAUUCAGACACCCAAAUGGAUGGUACAACAUACAGCUCUAAACCAAGUACGAGCAAGCCUUUACAACCUGUGACCUUAAAAUUCACAGUCACGGACACCGUGGAUGAAAUGGAGCUCCCAUUUUCUGGUGACAUGCCAGACACCAAGACCGAGACAGAGGUGCUGCCAUAUCUUGAUUCUGAGAUCCCUAAUAUGACACCUGCAAUGGAAAUUCCGGUCCAAAGCGUGAAGCCAGGCGUGUACACGUCCACAGACCCUAAAAGCCAGACGACCUUCACAGCGGUCACCACAACAGAAAGAGAACAAGAUGAGAUCAUGUUUCAUACCACACAAAGGAUUAAGUCUCACCGGCUUCCUCCUGGAUCUACGAUCAUCUCCCACAAUCAGAUACACAUAAUUCCUCCCAAUGAUAAGAGACCGGGCAGACGACGCAACUUUCCCAAUAGGCGCAGGAUCAUCCGGCCCAACAAAAUCACUGAUAUACAGUCCCUACUGGAUAAGCUUAAAAGGCCGGCUGUAAAGUAUGGUAGGAAUGCCACGGUCACAUACACAGUAGAACUGACCACAGGACAUGAGAGAGUGUCUACAGUAAAACCCAUGACCACACAAAACCAAAACACAGUCAGUCCAACCGGCAUAUUUUAUGACCCAACUUCUGCCUCAAGGACCGAAAAAACAACAACGACGCAAAGCGCCCCAUUUGUUACUCUGCCAAAUUCAUUUAAAGGUGAGGGCGAAGCCCCUAAGCAAAAACCAACACAAGAUACCAGAAAAACCAUUUCAACAACUGGUAUGCCUUCAGCUACCACAAUCAAGUCUUCGAAAGUCAUACAGGGAAAAAUACCCUGGGACCGGUUAUUCGGAAGCAAAGGGAGUCGGCGGGAAAUCCUUAAGAGACUCAGAAAACCAGCUAAACCACAGACUACGACACAGACCACAAUAUCGAUUGCAUCUACAACCACAACAGCACCAUCGAUGGUCAUAACCGCCCUACCUACUGCAGAGUCGUUGGCCGCACCGAUGACCGCCACUCCUCCUGUAACGCAGAGAAACCCGGACGAAUUCGAGAUAUCCUCCGAUGACUUCUCAGGUUCGUCAACCGCUCAAGAAUCACAAACCACGGAGGAUGUCGUAGCCUUAUUUACAACUGCUAGUCCAAGCAAGAGUUACGUUAAAACAACAGCAAUGUACAAGCCUGCCAGUACAGCAACAGCCAGAGUGUCCAGAGUGUCCAGUCUACCAGCUCUAACAACAACUAAAACAACAAGCAAGGAAGAAACCAUUGAGUCGUCAGGCCUAGACUCAGGUGGGUUUUCUGGUAGAUUUCGAGGAAAUCAAAAGCCAGGUUUUAAUAGAAGACGUUUUAGAGGACGACGGCCAAGUAAGACAUCAACCACACAAGCUCCAACCAUCACGUCUGCUCCAUUUAAACUAACAUCAUCAGCACCACAGAUAAAAGUAAGCAAGGACUCGUAUACACCUACCGGAGAGGUAGUAAAGUCCAGCGUAACCACAUCAUCUGAUAUUACAGACGCUGACAAUGAUGAACGGGCGUCUCAAACCAAAGUUUUGGACUCUCCAGGAACAUAUUCCACAACACAAGAACUCUCACCAACAUCAAGUCCAUCCUAUAAAACAACUAACACUCCUAGACCAUACACCACACCAAGGUCUGAGAUCCUGAGCAACCAAAUAACAACAAGUACCAACACCGUUUUGAAACGACCACCUGAAACAGGUGGAAGGCCAAACACAUCAAGCAACCUUCCUGACCAAUCAAACACAAAAGCUUCAACUGUCAAGGACAGAAAUGAAAGGACUCAAAGUCCUGAUCACACCACUGUCUAUGACACCACAACAUCAAAUACCGUCGACUUCAAAGUAUCUACAGAGAAUACAGGAUCUAAGCCGAGAAUUGUUGGUGGAAAUGCAGCCAGUUUUACAGUUCAGUCAAACUCGGACGCUUUCCUUCCUUGUGAGGCUACAGGCGACCCGAAGCCGAGCAUCAGCUGGAAGAGAACAAAUACAGGCAGCACACUGACCAUUAAAGGCAAAGUGGGUAAAUUUGAGAUGUUUAGCAAUGGAACUCUGUUGAUUCAGAACACAAACGUCAGAGAUCGGGGACAGUACGUAUGUUUGGCUGAGAAUGUUCACGGCUCUGACAAACUCCACGUUAUGCUGACCGUGGUAGCUUAUCCUGCCAGGAUCCUGGAACCGAAGAUGCGAGACAUUAAAGUCCACUCUGGUCAAAGGGCUGAGAUGAGGUGCAAGACGUUGGGCACACCGACUCCUGUCCUGUCGUGGAUUCUAGCAAACCGCACUCAAGUCAGAAGUCAAAACAAUGAGCAUGCUAGAGUAACGGUCACACCGGAGGGUACUUUGAUUAUCCGACACGUGUCGGUUUAUGAUCGAGGACAGUAUAAGUGCAUCGUAAGUAAUUCGGCCGGCGCGGACACGGCAUCCGUGCGCCUGCAAGUGGUGGCAGCACCGCCUGUCAUCUUGGAAGAAAAAAGGCAGCUGGUGAGGGCCGAUGUUGGACAGAGCGUGUGGAUGCCCUGUACGGCACGGGGAGACCCUCAACCCACCACACAAUGGGUCCUGAUGGAUGGGACAGCUGCAAAGUCCAUUCAUGCCGAUUCAAGAAUAUCUUCACUUCCUAAUGGUACUCUUUACAUGAAAAACCUGGAUGUCUCUGACAGUGGAAUGUACGAAUGCAUCGCAACGAGCUCAACAGGAUCAGAGCGACGAGUGGUCACUCUGUCUGUGGAAAAAACUGAAACUGCUCCUUAUAUAACUGAGACUUCUAAUCUGAGGACUGAGCUGGAAUACGGCGGCCAGCUUCAGCUCAACUGUUCUGCGACUGGGAAUCCCAGACCUCGAAUUAUGUGGAGACUCCCCUCCAAAGCCCUCGUGGACCAGUGGCACAGAAUGGGCAGCCGUAUCCAGGUGCUGGAAAACGGCACACUUGUUAUUGACUCAGUCAGUGACAAGGAUGCCGGCGACUACCUUUGCGUUGCCCGCAGCAAAGCUGGAGACGAUCUUCAACUGAUGAAAGUGUCUGUCUCCAUGAAACCAGCUAAGAUAGAACCCAAGAUUGUGGGCAAGAAACAGAUACCAUAUGGCAAGGACUUAAAGGUAGACUGCAAGGCUUCUGGUGCGCCCAUACCUGAGAUUUCAUGGGGCUUACCCGAUGGUACACUGGUCAACAGUGCCCUUCAAGCAGACAGCAGUAAUGCAGGAAUUCGAUCCAAGCGUUACAUAUUGUUUGACAAUGGAACACUUUACCUUAAUGAGGUGGGCAUGGAUGAAGAGGGCGACUAUACCUGCUAUGCGGAGAACACUCUUGGAAAGGACGAGAUGCAUGUUCACAUUACUGUGGUGACCGCAGCACCUCGGAUACGCACCCCGAGCCUUACCUAUGCCAAAGUAAAGCCGGGAGGAAUCGUCCGCUUCGACUGCGAGGCCGUAGGAGAACCCAAGCCGAAGAUCAUCUGGAUUCUACCGUCUGGCGACAUGAUCGCUGCGUCAAAUGAACGAUACUUGAUGCACGUCAACGGAUCUCUUGACAUUCGCAACAUUAAGUUCACAGAUGCAGGAGAGUACGUCUGCACAGCCCGCAACACCGCUGGUGAUGAUAGCAAAGUGUACAAACUGCAAACUGAUGGAAAUCCACCGAUCAUCAAUGGAUACUAUAAGAACAGGACGAUCAUUAAAGAAACAGCAGAAAAGUACACGAGGAAGCUUAUAGACUGUAGCGCAAGAGGAGACCCACCGCCAAAGAUCACGUGGAUUAUGCCGGACAAUAUCUUCCUCUCUGCACCUUACUACGGAAGCAGGAUUAACGUGCAUUACAACGGUACUCUAGAGAUUCGCCACGUUCGUCCCACAGACACAGCGGAGUUCAUAUGCAUGGCACAGAAUGACGGAGGUGAAGCCGUCAUGGUGGUGCAACUGGAGGUUACGAACCAGCUCAUGAGGCCAAUCUUUAAAAACCCUUUUAACAACAGACUGGUGACUCGACUGGGAAAAACAACCGUACUGAACUGUUCUGCUGAUGGAAAUCCACAACCUGAUAUGAUCUGGACUUUACCCAAUGGAACUCAGUUUACCGGAGGACCUCAUUUGGGUUCCCGAUUUCAACUCGGCACUGAUGGCACCUUCGUCAUAUAUAAUCCGAGCAAAGAGGACGCUGGUAGGUAUCGAUGUGCUGCGAAGAACAAGGUUGGGUACAUUGAGAAGCUGAUCGUUCUAGAGGUUGGACAAAAGCCUUACAUUCUCACUCGACCCAAAGGGAUUAUCCGUGGUAUGUCUGGGGAACCCCUGUUCCUUCACUGCCUGGUUGACGGAAGCCCUCGCCCCAACAUCUUGUGGACAGUGCCAGGGGGUCAUGUCAUAAGUCAUCCUCAGAUAAUCAGCCACUACCAGCUGAUGGACAAUGGUACACUAGUCAUCCAUCAAACCAAACCACACGACCGUGGGAACUAUCUAUGCCGGGCAAAGAACUACGUCGGUGAGGCGGUCCUUAACGUGCCCGUGAUGAUUAUUGCAUAUCCACCACGCAUCACUUAUGGACCCCCACCAGCUCUACAGACAAUGAUGGGAACUCCUGUGCAGCUUAACUGUGUUGCUACUGGAGUUCCGAAACCAGAAAUCACCUGGGAACUGCCUGAUAGAUCCGUUCUCUCUACGGCUAAAAUGGGGCGUCCGUCAGGGAGUGAACUGCUCCAUCCACAGGGAACACUUAUAAUCCAGAAGCUGUCAAGAGCAGACUCUGGCCUUUACAAGUGCCUGGCCACUAAUCACCUCGGGACAGACAGCAGAGCCACAUACAUGAGGGUCAUCUAA